AUGGAACCUAAUGGCUUACCUGGUGGAAUGUUUUCUCGAAUGGGCUCUGGAAUGCUAGGGCUAGAAAUGUCACUCCAACACCACCAAAACCACAUACCACCACAAAACCCCCACGACUUACAACAGCACCACCGCCCUAUGGUAGCUUACGGCCACCGUGAAAUUGACCGCCACCAACAAACUCAACAAUCUGUAAAACAAGGCCAACCAUAUGCUACAGACGUCAAAAACACAAAUUUAACUCUUAGUGAUGAGGAUGAGCCUGGACUGACUGCUGAGGACAGUGGUGGUGAUGGGAAGAAAAAAAUGUCUCCGUGGAGAAGAAUGAAAUGGACUGACAGUAUGGUGAGGCUAUUGAUAAUGGUGGUGUUCUAUAUUGGGGAUGAAGCUGGGUCAGAAGGGAAUGACCCUACUGGGAAGAAGAAGGGUGGGGUUUUGCAGAAGAAAGGGAAGUGGAAAUCAGUGUCGAGGGCGAUGAUGGAGAGGGGUUUUUAUGUGUCUCCACAGCAGUGUGAAGACAAAUUCAAUGACUUGAAUAAGAGGUAUAAGAGGGUUAAUGAUAUACUUGGGAAGGGGACAUCAUGCAGGGUUGUGGAGAAUCAGAGUUUGCUUGAUACUAUGGAUCAUGUAUCGCUGAAAAUGAAGGAGGAAGUGAAGAAAUUGCUUAAUUCUAAGCACUUGUUUUUCAGGGAGAUGUGUGCUUAUCAUAAUAGCUGUGGUCAUGGUGCUGGUGGUAGUGGUGCUGGUGCUGGUGGCUGUAGUGGUAAUGGGGGAACGGGUGGUGAUCACCAUUCGCUAGAGGUGGCAGCAGAACCAAGUGAAAAUCAGCAGCAGUCACAGCAACAAGGAUGUUUGCAUUCAUCAGAAAAUGCCCCAAUUGUGCCUAAUUCGGGCAGAGCGGAGACAGAGGUAUCAAAAAUGGCAAAGGUGGGAAGUGGUGAACACGAGGAUGAUGAUGGGGAUGAUGAUGGGGAUGAGGAUGAGGAUGAGGAGGAUGAUGAUGAUGAGGAUGAUGAAGUGUUGGGAGGUGGAGCAAUAGAUCAUGUGUUGGGAGGUGGAGCAAUAGAUCAUGGUCAUGAUGAAGAGGAUGAUACUGACGAAAGAUCAUCAAGGAAGAGGCAGAAAAAGGAAAUGUUCACUUCCCCUAUUAUUCAACAAUUGAGUACUGAAUUACAGAGUGUAGUUCAAGAUGGAAGGAAGACUUCAAUGGAAAAAAGGGAGUGGGUGAAGACGCGGUUAAUGCAAUUGGAGGAGCAGCGAGUGGCCUAUCAAAUGCAAGCGUACGAACUUGAAAAGCAGCGGGUGAAAUGGUUGAAGUUCAGAACCAAGAAGGAGAGGGAAAUGGAGAAAGAAAAGCUUUUAAACGAGCGAAUGAGGCUUGAAAAUGACAGAAUGCACCUUAUUUUUCGCCAAAAGGGACUGGAUUUGUUUGAUCUUCAACAGCAGCAGGAACAACAGUCAAUCAACAAGAGGAGUGCCCCAGCCAUUUAGCUAUAUUGGUGCUCAUCUGAAGUAGAUCAAGA